UAAAAUAGAAAAACACAAAAGAAAAAAGAAGCGAACUUUAGCAUCAAUCGAACCAUAUUCUUCAUCUUCUUAUUUAUUUUUUAUAUACUUUCAACAUUGUGACUCUCGGCCUGCCCUCACCAUCUCCUGGGAACCAUCUUCCCUCCUUCACUUUCCAUCCAUUUUUACACUCCAACUUCAAAUUUACUUUGUAUUCACUUUUCCAAUGAGUGACCAAGACCAACCUCCUCCUCCACCACCACCCACUAAUGGCGAAGGCAAACCUCCUCCUAUACCCAGCCCACCACCACCACCACAAGGUGGUGCAGGCCGUUCUUGUUGCUUAUGCAUUUUCAUCUUCCUCCUCUUAGCAGGAGCCGCAGUACUCACCGUCUGGCUCAUCUACCGUCCCCACAAACCCCGUUUCGUCGUCGUCGGCGCCGCUAUAUACGAACUCAACGCCACUUCCCAACCCUUCAUUUCAACUUCUAUGCAGUUCACCAUCGUGAUGAGAAACCCCAACAAGAGAGUCUCUAUCUAUUACGACAAGUUACAAGCUUAUGUUUCGUAUAGGAACCAACAGAUCACUCCCCCUUUGGACUUACCCCCGCUGUACCACGCGACGAAAACAACAGUGGCGUUAUCCCCCGUACUCGGUAGCGGCAUGGUGCCGGCGUCGGCGGAGGUGGUGAAUGGACUGAUGAUAGACGAGACUUACGGAGUGGUGGCGUUGAGGGUAGUGUUGUUGGGGAAACUGAGAUGGAAAGCUGGUGCUAUCAAGACAGUCAAGUAUCGGUUUUACGUACGAUGUGAUGUUUGGGUCGGGUUGAAAAAGGGUGGUGUUGGACCCGUCCCUUUGCUUGGAGCUCCGCCAUGUAAAGUCGAUAUAUGAAAACUCCACUGCCAUGGAUUUUAACGUAGCUAUAGCUUUGGUACUUCACUGUUUCUUUUUAUUGCUUAGUUUUUAUCUGCAGAAAUGCAGAAGAAAAUCAAAAACCAAGUUGAGUUACAGUUGAAUGUUGUAAGAAAAAAAAAAGCUUUUAAUGCCAAAAAAAAAAGGGGUUCUUUCGAUUCUCUUA